AUGCCGGAUAAAAAUGAGAAUCGUGGAAAUCUAUCUCCAUCAAUUCUAUCAUUUUACAACGACGAGUCAGAAGAUCAAAUUCUCCCUCUUCCAAAAAUUCUAGAAAGCUCUGGUCUGAAAGGGAAAGAUCGGGAUAAUAUUAUUGAAGCGGUUAUGGAAUUUUCGGGUGCUAAAAGUAUAGUAAAACAUGCGAUGAAGAUAUUAAAAGCGGUUGAUCUACCAGAAUUGGAUUUGGCUGUUUCAUCAAACGCUAAAAAAACGAUGAAAAUGGUGGAUGAAAUCAAGAAAUCCUACAGUAUAACACAGCGGAGAGAUAUGGAUGACAAAGGAUUUGCAAUCAUGACACCGAAACAAAUUGAAAAAGUGAUGGCUGAGCAAGGAAUUGCUGGAAGAGAUGAUAUUUUUAAUGUCAAAGAUUAUGCGAAAAAGACAUUGUUUCAAAAAACAGAAAUGGUUUGGGAUAUGGUCAGACAAAUUGCAUUUGGUUCAACAGCGGUUGGUUCAUUUCAUAUGUAUGUAGAACACUUGUGAAAACUCUAAUUUUCAGAAAACUGUCUCAAACUCAACUGGUCGCUUCAAACGUCAAGCAAUAAAUUGGGGACCCCAUGUAUUACAGCCAACUGUUCUGACAACCAUCUUAUUUUCUCCAAUUUACGGACUAAAUGUUCUUUCCCCAACAGUUUUAUCACCCGGUCUUUUUGAACCUCUCAUUCUAAACCCUUCAGUUCUUUCACCUUACGUCUUCUCACCAACUGUUGCAAUUCCUUUCAUUGUUUCGCCCUAUCUUCUAUCACCCUACGUAUUUUCACCAUUGAUCAUGGCCCCAUUUAUUCUAAAUCCUUAUGUUGUAUCUCCAAAUGUUUUUAAUCCAUAUGUCUUAUCACCAUUGAUCUUAUCACCCACAGUUUUAUGCCCUGAUGUUGUUUCACCAAUGACACUUGGUGGUGCGAUUCUUUCACCUGGUGUUCUAUCGCCAUCAGUUCUCAGUAAAUCGUAUGUUAUGGCUAAUGUUCUAUCGCCAACCUUUCUCUCUUGA